AGUCCUUCUCUUUCAGAAAACAGUCACUUCCACCACCUCCGCGUCACUUACCACCAUGAGUAGUGGCUUCAUUUCAUUGUUUAUUGUUACCGCCGGCAAUUACAUCCCAUCUCCGGUCGUGUGUUCUACAUCAUAUUAAGGAACAAAGUACCUGGUUGGUAUAUUUGAUUAGAUUCUGAUAUUCGUUUCUCCUGUUGGUAGUCAUGUAUAGAAUGAGGAGGAGACUAAAUGCAGGAAAAUCACCAUCCCCUAAACUCACAGCUGAAAACUAUGAUCUCUCCAAACAAGGAGGUGGAGGAGGAGAAGAAAUAAAAUCCCAGAAAUCUAACAUCUUUUCCUCUUCAAAGAAUAUCUUUGCAAUGUGUUCGGCAUAUCGAAUAGCAAAUUCUCUGCUGAUACAAACAUAUUUCAAUCCAGAUGAGCACUGGCAAGCCCUUGAAGUUGCUCAUUGCAUUGUAUUUGGGUAUGGUCACUUGACUUGGGAGUGGAAGAAGGGGAUCCGUGGCUAUUUGCAUCCAUUGGUGUUUGCUUUGCUGUUCAAAAUUCUUGCAGCGUUAGGUCUUGAUACUCCAUGGUUUAUGACCAAGGCUCCACGAAUGCUGCAAGCACUGUUUUCUGCAGUUGGUGAUCUGUACUUGUACAAACUUUCUUAUGCUCUCUUCAAUUAUUCUGUAGCAAAUUGGGCACUCUUCUCUCAAUUAGCAAACUGGUUCAUGUUUUACUGCUUCAAUCGUACAUUGUCCAAUAGCUUGGAAACUGUUCUAACACUGGUGGGUUUGUACUUUUGGCCCUGUAUGAGAGAAUAUCCUAGUAAAGUAUCAUUGGUUUCAACAAGGAAGUGGGGUUUGACCGUAGCAGCAUUAGCUUGUGCAAUUCGACCAACAAGUGCUAUCAUCUGGGUCUAUGUUGGCCUUCUUGAACUGUUUGUCACACGUGAUAAACUGAGAUUCAUUAUUCUAGAGGUGGUUCCCAUUGGGGGUUUGGUGCUUGGUCUUUCUUGUUUGUUGGAUCGUUUGAUGUAUGGCUCGUGGGUCAUAGUGCCUCUUAAUUUUCUUAAGUUCAAUUUUCUUUCUUCUGGCGGAGAUUAUUAUGGAACUCACAAGUGGCACUGGUACUUCUCUCAGGGAUUUUCUGUUAUGCUCUUCACUUUCUUACCAUUUGCAAUAGCUGGCAGUAUCAAGUCUAAAUGUUGGAAGCAUUCUGGUCUCAUUGCAUGGGUUAUCGUUCUUUACAGUUUAUUGGGCCACAAAGAAUUCAGGUUUGUCUUGCCUGUGCUGCCAAUAGCUUUGAUAUUCUCUGGAUAUGCAUUGUCUGUUAUGGCAAGACCUGAUUCUCCAUGUGUGAUGAGGAAAGGUUCUUCAAACAGUUAUACCAAAUGGCCUUCAAAAGUAGCAUUUGCCGUCAUCUUCUUGUUAGCAACCAAUAUUCCAAUGGCAUUCUAUAUGAGUUUGGUUCAUCAGAGGGGAACCGAGGAUGUAAUGAUCUAUCUAUCCAAAGAAGCCAGCAAUGAGAAAGUGAAGAGUAUCCUAUUCUUAAUGCCCUGCCACGGUACACCUUACUACUCCACUCUCCAUCACCACCUGCCCAUGCGUUUUCUAUACUGCACACCAAGUGAAGAGAAAGGAAUCCCUGAUGAGUCAGAUCGAUUCAUGUUGGAUCCUGUUGGUUUUGCAUCAGAAUUGGCCAAAAACUGGUCUCUGCCUAGUCAUGUUGUAUUAUUUGAAUCUGAGGAGAGACUCUUGAAGGAUUUCCUUAUUUCACGUUCUUUCAAAGAGAUAAGGAGGUUUUUCCAUUCUCACUUCAAGGUGGACCGAGAUCUUCAAGCAUCAGUUGUUGUGCAUGCUUUAAAUGAUUGAAUUCAAUUGUUUCCUGCAACCAGUCUUUGUGUCAGAACCUGCCUUCUAAGGAUUAUAUAAUUCUUUCUUCUUCUUCUUCCCCAAUAGAACCAAAUUUACUGUUAAAAAUAUUAGAUUUGAAUAAUCUGAUACCCAAAACAGCUGAGAUGCAUUGCACUUCACCAAGGGGAAUUUGAAGUUCUAUCGCUGUACAUUGCUAUUUUCAGAUAAUUAGAUUAUUAUUGUUUAUUAUUAUUUA